AUGAACUCAUCAUCAUUCUCUGCUUUCUCUGAAAUGUUUGGCUCCGAUUACGAGUCUCCGGGUUCUUCAGGCGGCGGAGAUUAUUGUCCUACGCUUGCCACGAGCUGUCCCAAGAAACCCGCGGGUCGGAAGAAGUUUCGCGAGACUCGUCACCCGAUUUACAGAGGAGUUCGUCAAAGGAACUCAGGUAAGUGGGUCUCUGAGCUAAGAGAGCCAAACAAAAAAACUAGGAUUUGGCUCGGCACUUUCCAAACCGCCGAGAUGGCUGCUCGUGCUCACGACGUCGCCGCCAUUACCCUCCGUGGCAGGUCAGCCUGUCUCAAUUUCGCCGACUCGGCUUGGCGGCUAAGGAUCCCGGAGUCAACAUGCGCCAAGGAGAUCCAGAAGGCGGCGGCUGAAGCUGCCUUGGCUUUUCAAGAUGAGAUGGGUGAUACGACUACGGCUGCGACUACGACGACUGAUCAUGGCCUUGACAAGGAGGAGACGAUGGUGGAAGCUUCUGUGACGCCGGAACAGAGCGAGUCGUUAUAUAUAGACGAGGAGGCAAUGUUCGGGAUGCCGAGUUUUUUGGAUAGUAUGGCCGAAGGGAUGCUUUUGCCUCCUCCGUCCGUACAAUGGAAUAAUAACUAUGACGUCGACGGCGAUGAUGACUUGUCGCUAUGGAGUUAUUAAUAUUUGAUUAUUAUUAUUACAUUGUUUUAUUUUUU